AUGCGCAGUGCGAACAGCAGUGUCUUGCAGCAGCUUUGCGGCAGCGUGCCCAAAGAAACAAUGCAGAGCAUGCUGCCGGUAUUUUUCCGCGAGGUGAGCUAUCGACAGUUCAUCGAUGUCUUAGUCCCUCUCCUCGAGGAUGUCCAGCUCUUGCCGCAGGUAAGUGCCAUGCUGAUGAGUUUGGGCGCCUCAGCUGCCAUGCUGGUGGUGCUGAACCGUGCACCCAAAGGAAAGCUCUCCAUCGUGCUGAAAGCGCCGGUGGAGGUGCUGGUGCCGGCAGUGGCUGCCAUGACCCCCGGUAGUGCAGAGGAGGUCUUGGUGCCGGUGCUGCAGGAACCUGAUGAGCUGUUAGCAGAGACCCUGGUGCCCUUGCUAGGCUUGGUCAAGGAGCCAGAGCGCAUGGCCAUGGUGGUGAACCAGGUGGAUGCUCGUGUUUUGGUGCCAAUCCUCCGGGGUGUAAAGCCCCAAGCUCUUGCGGACAUCCUGAAUGGCCUCAGCAAGGAGGAUUUGGCACCUGAGGGUCCAGCGGGACAGCUGUUGCAGCAGUUGGGAUCCGAUCCAGGCCUCACCGAGACCAAGGUCGUGCCUUUGAUGGCCUUGGCCGCCCCAGCCACCAUGGUGCGCCUGGUGCAGGGCAUUCCGGCAGAAAAGCUGUUGAAAGUCUUGGAGAGCUUAGAGAUUGAAGGCAUUUUGCGCCUCUUGGAGAACACCAAUGCCGACUUUGUCGUGCGUCUCUUCAAUGGGCCGCUGGACUCGGUGGUGCAAACGAUGGCAGGCAGCGUGGCGGAUGUCUUGGCGGAUCGGACAAUUGCAGAGCUGGUGAAGCACAGCACCAACACGCUCCAGGCUGGCCUUGCGAAGGCCGACGAUGUGCUGGCACGUGGGCAGCAGGCUCGAGGCGCGGAAGGUGAUGGAUACAAAUUUGGUGACUUCACAGUAGGGCUCAUCUCCAUGGCCGUGGGCCAAGAGAGCUUAGAACGUGGCCGAGAACUGAUGGAGCAGCACAUGGAGAAGGCCAAGCAGCACAGCAAGCCAAUCCAGGAAGGUUGGGAGGCUUUGCAGAAGGACGUCGCUGAGAAGACUGAGAGUAUUCAGCAGAAUCUGCAUGAAUCCUUGGGACAAAACGCUCUGAAGAUUCAAGCGGGUUUGGCUCGAGGUCGUGAGAAGCUUUCUACCUUGAGCUGCAGCAGCGGGACAGCCUAUACCAAGGGGCUGCAGGAGGAGGAAGUCUUUGACUUUCCAGAGCCACGGUGA